AUUCUUGUGAAGUUCCAAGUAAACGAUAUGCAUUGCCGCGUGCCAAGUCAAUGAGCAGUAGAAAGACGGAAGGGCGUGGUUAACACGCUUGGUGUACGAGUAGAAAGCAAUAAAAGCUUCAACUAUCCGCAGCUGGAAAGUGAAUUGACAUAGAUAGGGGACGUAUGGCCAGCAAGCAAUCUUGAACAGGCGGGUGAAUUUUUCGUUCGGUCGACAAGUCAAAAGAUAACCGGCAGUCGCGCCUUCUUAUUCUGGCGCUUUCGUCUUCGUCGUUGUUCAAACAUCUCCGCGACUUGCUCAUCCCCGCGACACAACUUUACCGCACCUGAGCACACAAUGGCAACAAUCAAGGACUCGCUCGAUGAGCCCGUUCUGAUCCCAUCGAUAUCGCCCUCGGUCACCGACGAUGAGCUUCAAGGACUCUCAUUAUACGAACAAAAAUGCGUUCUCAUCAACAGAGAAAUGGACUCAAAUGGCAUGGGUCGCUAUCAAUGGAGCAUCUGGCUUCUUUGCGGCUUUGGCUACUUCAUCGAUCUACUCUGGGCGCAAGCAUUUGGCCUUGUGCUGCGCCCAUUGCAGCAAGAGCUGGGAAUCCCUGCUAAUCAGUCUGGAAACAUCUCAACCGCCUUUUCCGCAGGACUUACCGCUGGCGCCUUUACCUGGGGUGUGCUUGUCGACAUAAUUGGCCGCCGGUGGGCGUUCAACUUGACCUGCUUGAUCUCAGCCGCCUUUGGACUCGGCCUUGGUGCAUGUGAUUCGUACACAUCUUUCCUUGUCGUCACCGCCUUCUGUGGGUUUGGUAUUGGAGGCAACAUUCCAAUCGACACAACCAUAUGCCUCGAGUUCCUCCCACAAAAUCGCCGCUUCCUGCUGGUCUUACUCUCCUUGUUCCAGCCCAUCGGCGUGGUUAUCUGCAGCGUCAUCGCAUACGGCUUCAUCCCUCCCUACAGCUGCUCGCCCAACUUCGUCGAACCAAAUCCUGCACCAUCGUGCAGAGAUGUCCCAACCGGAACACCCUGUUGUACGAGGGCAAGUAACAUGGGAUGGCGCUACCUGAUGUUCACACUGGGCGCCAUAACGCUUUCCAUCUUCUUCCUGCGCUUCGUUGUUUUCAACUUCCAGGAGUCCCCCAAGUUCUUGGUCUACAGAGGCAAAGAUCAGAAGGCGAUCGAAGUGCUGCAAAAAAUUGCCAAGUUCAACAAGCGCCAAUCCUCACUCACAAUCGAGGACUUCAGUUCGUUGCGCGUCGACUCUGCCGAUCACAGUGCUGCUGGAUUGCUUGGUGCUGGAGACGAGCAGGAAACUUUGUCGUUCUGGGGCAAAUUCAAACUCGAGUUCUCCCGCUAUGGCAUGCUCUUCUCUUCCAAAUCGGCAACCUACCUGACCAUUCUCGUCUGGUUGACUUACAUCAUGGAUUUUUGGGGCUUCACUCUAGCCGGAGGCUACCUUCCCAGUAUCAUCGCCGCAAAGAACGUUGUGAUCAACCGAGACUUGAAGCACACAUACCGCUCGUAUGUCUACAUCUAUCUUCCCGGCAUUGUCGGUGUCCUCUUAGGCGGUGCCAUGUACAAAGUUCCUGCCAUUGGUCGUAAAUGGUCGAUGGUCAUAUCGUCUGCACUUAUGGGCAUCAGCAUCUUCCUCUUCAGCGCCGCCAACAGCAACGCCUCCAACAUCGGACUCAACGUUAUGGAAUAUUUCUUCCAAAGCAUGUUCAAUGCUAUUCUCUAUGGCUGGACUCCCGAGCAGUUUCCUACCGCAAUUCGUGGGACUGCUUGCGGCAUCGCUGCAUUCUGGGGCCGUCUUUUUGGUAUUGUUGCUCCGCAAAUUGCUCAGCACCUCCUACCCUCGACUUCAAAACCGACGGCCGACGACUACGCCAAGGUCUUGUAUCUUGCUGGUGGUAUUACUCUGGGUUGCGUUGUUACGACUGCGCUGUUGCCCAACAAGAUGCUCAACAGACAGAGCAUGUGAACGCUUCGGAUGACCCCUUCUUUUGCUACUGAGCCAAUACAUGUCGCCUCCUCCAGGACGGGGCCGUGCUAUAUUUCUUAACUCGCUACAUAGCUAAUUACAUGAUACCCGUAUGCAACAAGCAUAUU